CAUUCUCAUCCAAAAAAAAAAUGGUAAAAAUCAAAAAUCGCUACUACGUGAUUCGAAUGCUCACAAAUGAUGGCUCACCACCGACACCAAGAAAAUCGUCGAUUUUUCAAGAACUCAUGAAACUCACGUCGGAAAUGUUUGGAGAUUUUGGAUAUUCUAUUUUGAAAAUGAGCCUUUCGGUUCGAGUUCUCGACGAAGACGUGAUCGUACUCCGAGUGGCCGAAGGCGGAAAUAAAUAUUUUGGAGCAAUUCUUCCAUGUGUUCAUAAAAUUGAUAAGCAGCCAAUGGUCUUGCAGACUAUUUUCAUUGGCAGAAGCAUGAGAUCUUGCGAGAAACGACUCAUCAAAAGCCGCCGAGACGAGCUUCACGAUGCUCUCGGAAAAUGCACAAAAACUGAAACUCGAACCCAACUUCUGGAAGCAAUCCAUCAAAUUUGCGGUCAACCGGCUCGAAUUUUCAGCGACGAGCAGCGCAAGGAUCAGGCAACUACUAGCUGAAAAUCGUCUGGAAAUUUUAAUUUUGUUAUGUAUAAUGCUGCUAACUUUUUUCUGCAAUUUUUAAUUUUUUUUAAAUAAAAAUUUUUU